CUCCGCCGCAAGCUCCGCACAUAGAACCUCCUCUUUCUCGUACUGUGGAUGUACCUCGGCCGUGGCGUAAACUUUGACGGGCUUUCUGUCGACUCCCAGCCUUCGUUUGUUGUUUUUAAUUAACUUUUCCCGCAGAAGCAGUAUGUGAAAGACGAAGGCUGGCAAGGAAUCUGCGGAAUGACAAGCUUCAGUUCAUAGCGCGAUCGUCCUAGUUUCUCCUCCGUCAUCGUAUUCAAGUGAUCCAGUCAUCCGCAAAAUGGCUCGCGGCUGCAUCUGUUGCGUCAAGUACAUGCUCUUCCUCUUCAACCUGCUCUUUUGGCUGGGUGGGUGCGGCCUGCUGGGCGUGGGCGUGUGGCUGUCGGUGUCGCAGGGCAACUUCGCCACGCUGUCGCCGUCCUUCCCGUCGAUGUCUGCCGCCAACCUCAUCGUGAUGCUGGGCACCGUCGUCAUGGUGACGGGCUUCUUGGGAUGCCUGGGUGCCAUCAAGGAGAACAAGUGCCUCCUGCUAAGUUUUUUCAUCGUCCUGUUGAUCAUCCUGCUGGCCGAGCUCAUCCUCCUCAUCCUCUUCUUCGUCUACACCGACAAGGUGAGCGAAAACGCCCGGCGGGAUCUGAAGGACGGGCUGGUCCUGUACAACACGGACAACAACGCUGGUUUGAGGGAUGCGUGGGACGCCAUCCAGGGGGAGUGGCACUGCUGCGGCGUGACGAGCUUCAGCGACUGGCGCGCGGCGCUUCAGGUGGACGCCGUUCCCGACAGCUGCUGUCAGCUCGUCCAUUCGGGAUGCGGACACAACGCUUCCGAUGCCUUCUGGACGCGGGGCUGCUAUGAGAAGGUGGAGGAGUGGCUGGACGACAACAAGCACCUUCUGGGCACCAUCGCCAUGUGUGUCUUGGUCAUUCAGCUCCUCGGCAUGGCCUUCUCCAUGACGCUGUACCAGCAGAUCCACCGCGGCGGCAAAAAAUACCAAGCCUGACCCCGGUACAUUCCACUACCGCAAGGCGGUAUACACACACGGAUCCAUUUAUUACUUUUGAGCAGUUACUUUUGUACCACAAGUAUUUCUUGAGUGUCCUGACAUGUUCAAUAAAAGCACACAGCCGA